CACCUCUGUCGUCCAAGUGUAAUGCAGAGGCUGCCUAAGUAUCGAUAUGUUUGCCUAAAAUAUUACUGGGACAUGGAUUAGCGUGUCUCAGUGCUACUACGACAUCAAACCUUAUCGCGUCGUCCAUUACCAAGCAAAUAAAAUAUAAAAGCGCCUACGCCUAGGACUACGUACAUCAACAGUUACACAUUAUCAGCAAAUACACAUCAACAUGACCAAAAAACUCUUCUCGGUUCUCGAGAAUAACCCCGAGGUGAUGAAUCACCUGGCUCGGGACCUGGGACUAGAUGAAGGUCUUUCCUUCUACGACAUCUACUCGCUCACAGACCCUGACCUGUUGGCCUACAUACCUCGACCAGUGUUCGCUCUGCUUGUCAUCAUUCCACUCACGCCCACAUGGAACGAGGCUCGCACGGCAGAAGACAAGGACAAGCCCGAGUAUGAGGGCAAAGGCGACGACGAGCCAGUCAUCUGGUUCAAACAGACGAUUGGCAACGCCUGUGGCUCCAUAGGCCUAGUGCACUGCUUGCUCAACAGCGAAGCAUCAAAACAUAUCCGGCCCUCCUCUGUGCUCGAUCAGAUACGCAAUGAUGCCCUACCGAAGCCGAUAUGGGAGCGGGCUAAAGUGCUCGAGGACUCGAAGGAAUUCGAAAAUGCUCAUGCGGGGGCCGCGCAGCUCGGGGAUACAGCUACGCCCACUCCGGUUUCGGAUGAGCAUACUGGACAGCACUUUGUGGCUUUUGUCAAGGGAAAGGAUGGGCAUCUGUGGGAGCUGGAGGGCGCGCGCAAGGGUCCGCUUGAUCGUGGUGCGCUCAAGGAUGACGAGGAUGCGCUUAGUCCGGCAGCGCUUGAGAAGGGUCUAGGCAGGCUGAUGAGGAUCGAGUCUGAGAAAGGGGGUGAUUUGAGAUUCUCGGCGAUUGCGCUGGCUUCAAGUCUCACUUAGAACAGUGGACAUCUGACUGACACUAUAGAUCUUUUUUCUUCUAGCAACUCAUCAUCAGACGGUCGCUCUAUCAUUUCCGUAUGCUAGGCUCCACUUCAGCCG